AAGAAACAAUUCUUUAUUCAAAGAGAUCCAAAUAGCAGCAUAACAACAUCAAAAGGAAACCUAAACAAAUUAAACACAACAGGAAAAGCAAGCAAGAAUAAAUAAAUACAUAAAAAUAAAUACAAGUGGCUUAAUCAUCAAAAAAUGGCUGAACUAGCCCCACACUGCUGGCCAAUGGUAUGCCGUUUCCUAUGAGGCCCGUUUCUGAUUGGUUCAGAUCUUUGUUUUGCCGGAAGUGGUGACUCCGGAUCCGCGGUGGUCAUGGCGGAGGUCAGCGGCCGCUUGAGGAGCGGAGCUCACAAACUCUCUGUCGUUAUCACACUGCGGAGAUCUUAUCAUCAUCAUCUGUCCGCGGCGGACAAGUUCACGAGCGCUGCCGCUUCUGACGGGACUCUCGGAGGGACCCGAGGCUACAGCAGCGCGCCGGGCGAGCACCGGAGCCCCACCGCCUACUACGACAUCCUCCGGGUGUCACCGAGCGCCACGCCGCAGCAGAUCAAGAGCGCGUAUUACAGACAGUCCUUCAUCCACCACCCGGACCGGAACCAACACUGCAGCGAGGAUGCGGCGCGGCAGUUCGCGCUCGUCACCGAGGCCUACAGCGUUCUCGGGGACAGCGGCCUCCGGAGGAAGUACGACCGCGGGAUCCUCCACCGGACCGACGUGCAGCGCGCCGGGAGACCGUCACCCUCACGCGCCCCUGACGCGAGAACGCGCUUCGACUUCGACGCGUUCUAUCAGGCGCACUACGGCGAGCAGCUGCAGCGCGAGCAGCGCAUGAGACGCGCGCGGGAGCAGACGCGUCAGCAGCAGCAGCACGCACUCCGAACCUGGACCCGGAUGAAGAUGAACGAGCUGACCGUGGGCUUCCUGCUGCUGCUCGGAGGAGGCCUGCUGCUCAGCCUCAGACACUGAACUCACUCGAGCUCCGCUCCGUGAUCUAUUUGAGGAAAUACUGAACAACGAUGCUUCUUGACUUGAAUAGCAGUCGAGUGUUGUUUUUACAUUAUUAUUCACAUUUCCUGUCAAUGUGUAGACAAGAAGAAUAAGAAGAAGAAGUGCAGCAAACCGAUUGAUUAUAAUGAUGAUUAAAGACUAAUACAAGUUUGUAGUACUGUA